AUGCGGCGUCGAGGGUGUGGUGGAGAGCUUCAUUUGUUGGUUAGCCCCACCAAUCGCAUCCUGAUGAAGCUCGGUCAGUCGGUGGGCGUCUCCGUGGCCUUUAUUAGCGCAGCCGUACGAGCGAGCCCCCCUUGGCAUCCCGCUUCCACUAUCCACGAUCUUCUCUCUCCGCAUGCGCUGCAGUAUGAGGGCUCAACUCACGCUCAACAUGGCGAAGCUGCUGGCUUUGCUGCUGGUGAUCACGCCGAUCUUCUUGGCCCUCGAGACGAACGCCACACAAGCUGGAAUGCCUCACCUGCAUCCACGAAUGGUCAAGUGAGUACAUCCCGCUCUGCUGGUGGUCUGAUAGCUUUGUGGCAAGUUACUGACGUAAUAACGAUGGCUAUCAUGGGUACGGACAGACACCGCAAGAUGGAGGCGAGGAGCCUCAUGUCGUGGCUGACAAAGAUCUCGAGCAAGGCUUCCGACUGGAUGUGGGGAAGCGUUCCCAACCCGGUCAAGGACAGCAGCCGCAUCCCCAAGCCGGUGCCCGGAGGACCGGACGUCAUGCCAAAGAUGCCCUACCCCUAUGCCACGGGCAUGAUCCCUCGUCUGGCCAGCGAGACCAUGGCUGGCAACGGUCUGCCCGGUGGCUGGAUGUGCGUGCACGUCAGCCCUCCUGCCGAGAAGCACGCUGAAGCUGCCGAUCAGGGUGCUGGCGCUGGCGGUGCUGGUGUUGCUGGCGCCGGCGCUGGUGCUGGUGUAGGUGCUGGUGUAGGUGCUGGUGUAGGUGCUGGUGUAGGUGCUGGUGGCGCUGGCGCAGGUGCGGGUGCAGAUUACGGAGGUGCUGGCGCCGGCUCCGGCGCUGGUGCAAGCUCGGGUGCUGUCUACGGAGGUGCAGGUGCUGGCGCGGGUGCCGGCCCUGUCUACGGAGGUGCUGGUGCUGGUACCGGCCCUGUCUAUGGAGGUGCUGGUGCUGGUGCAGGUCCUGUCUACGGAGGCGCUGGCGCUGGUGCUGGUAACGGUCCUGUCUAUGGAGGUGCAGGUGCUGGCGCUGGUGCUGAAGCUGGUGCCGGUCCUGUCUAUGGAGGUGCUGGUGCGGGUGCCAGCGCUGGUGCAGGUGCCGGCCCUGUCUACGGAGGCGCUGGCGCUGGUGCUGGUGCAGGUCCUGUCUACGGAGGCGCUGGCGCUGGUGCAGGUGCCGGCCCUGUCUACGGAGGUGCUGGCGCUGGCGCAGGCGCAGGUGCUGGUGCAGGCGCGGGUGCCGGCGCUGGUGCUGGUGCUGGCGCUGGAGGUGUUCCUCCUGGCUACAUCCAGUACAACGGCCAGCUGAUGACGAUAGAUCAGUACCAGCAAGUCAUCAAUGGUGCCGGUGCUGGUGCCGGUGCUGGUGCCGGUGCUGGUGCCGGUGGUCUCCAGCGUCGCGACCUGUACUCGUACGACGUGGGCAGCCUUCUUAUCGACAACAUGCUUCACAAGCGCCAAGACGCCGCCGAGCCGGCCAAGGCGCCAGCCAAGGUGCUCAUGUGCAUCAAUGGCGAUCCCGACGUGCCUGCGAUCAAGUUCAACACGAUGACUGGGCUUCGCAUCCGCGACGCCUCGGCGCAGCAGGACGGCGUGGUGCAGGUGACGAACCUGCCCAACUACCAGACGCCCUGGAUGCCCUUCCUCCCCACCGCCGACAUGUGGGCCGAACAGCAAACACUCAUGAUCGAACAGGAAAAGAUCAUCGAGACCAACAUGACCACCACCCCUCCUCCUUCGUCCUAG